AUGGAUAUGUCGAUGGACGAUGAAUUCCUGAGCCAGGAGCAGCGAGACCAAUUGUUUCGUGGAAUAUUCCCUGCUGACUAUUCUGGCGAAGUGAUCUCGAUUAAGACUAGCAGGGCAGAAUACAGCAGACUCUUUGAAGCUUUCGAAAAGUCAACAAACAAGUUUGUCUUCCUUUUCCUACUAUCAUUAUGUGCUGAUGCUUACGGUGAAAUAUACAGGAGGAGUCAAUCAGCUGUUCUGAAAUUUGAUAAAACAUUUCACACCACUUCUAUCCAGCUACGACAGGUCUCCAUCCAUGAAUGUGUUAUCAGUAAUGUUUCAGCUCAGCUACGAAACCUCAUGCCACUGCGCCCUAAACGAUUCUCCUUUAUGAAGAAUACGGAAAUUGAUGAUGACCUACCUGACCCCGACCUACAGAUGGUGUGGCGCUCAAAUAUGGGUGUUAUCCCAGUUCUUGCAAUGGAAGUAGGGUUUUCACAACCCAGCCUGGACCUGGAGAUGACAAUCAGAAAACUUCUGCAAAAAGCUUCCGUAAAGGUUGGAAUUUUAGUCGACAUCAAAGAAAGCCCAAGUUAUAAGAAUCCGCUGAGGAACGAACAGAAUAUUGAGAUAUGCAAAGCUGCGAUGCAAGCGAGCACUGAUAAACCUGAGCUACUUAUUGAGCAAUACUGCGCCGGACGAGAAUUGUUCAGUCCUGUGGUUCUAUACGGAAUUCAAUGGGUAGGAGAAUUGACUGCUGCAGUCCAGGUGUUUGGGAAGGACUCUGUGACUGGGGAAGUAGUUGCAAGGACCCCGAGAGUGCCUGCAAAGGGGAUCAAGCAGUCAGGGGCACCCAUCUACGAAGCGUACCCCAGCCUCAAUACCAAAUUCUCAGACUGCGUGGACUCAGAUGAUGAAGCUUACAAUGUCGACUUAGCUUUAACGUGGGAUGACGUCCGAGAUGAUCUCGAUAUAGCGAAACGCAUGCUAGCUCGGAAAAGAUGCUCCGCCGCCGUUUCCCAACUGAAAAAGGAAGGAAAAAUUUGA